UCCCCCAAUUCUCUUCAAUUAAAGCUUCUUUUCUUCUUCUUCUCUUUCAGAGAUUUACUGUUUCUGAACCCUAGAAACCCUUUUAUUGCCUCAUGGCGACGAACACUCCAAAUUUAGAGUGUCGUAUGUACGAAGCUAAAUAUCCUGAAGUCGACAUGGCAGUGAUGAUUCAAGUAAAGAACAUCGCUGAUAUGGGUGCCUAUGUGUCGCUUCUGGAGUACAACAACAUUGAGGGCAUGAUACUCUUCUCUGAGCUUUCUCGUCGUCGGAUUCGGAGUGUUAGCAGUCUGAUUAAGGUGGGACGAAUAGAGCCUGUGAUGGUUCUUAGGGUUGAUAAGGAGAAAGGUUAUAUUGAUCUCAGCAAGAGACGGGUUUCGGAUGAAGAAAUCGAGGCUUGUGAGGAGAGGUAUAACAAGAGUAAGCUUGUACAUUCUAUCAUGCGCCAUGUUGCUGAGACCAUGCAAGUUGAUUUAGAGGAUCUGUAUAUCCAUGUUGGUUGGCCUCUAUACCGCAAAUAUGGACAUGCUUUUGAGGCAUUCAAGUUAAUUGUGGCCGAUCCUGAUUCAGUUCUAAAUUCAUUCACGCGUGAAAUUAAGGAAGUUGGGCCCGAUGGUCAGGAGGUCACUAAGGUAGUGCCAGCUAUGUCAGAAGAUGUGAAAGUGGCUUUGUUAAAAAAUAUUAGGAGGCGGAUGACUGCACAGCCACUGAAGAUUCGUGCAGACAUUGAAAUGAAGUGUUUUCAGUUUGACGGGGUUCUUCACAUCAAGGAAGCAAUGCGGAAGGCUGAAGCUGCUGGGAAUAAUGAUUGCCCAGUGAAGAUUAAAUUGGUUGCUCCUCCCCUCUAUGUUCUUACCACUCAAACUCUGGACAAGGAGCAAGGGAUAUCUGUUCUUAAUAAUGCGAUCAAAGCCUGCACCGAAGCAAUAGAGAGUGAAAAGGGAAAACUUACAGUGAAGGAGGCACCAAGAGCUGUGAGCGAACGGGAAGAUAAACUACUUCCUGAAAACAUGCCAAAUCCGAAUGAGGAGGUUAGUGGUGAGGAAGUCAGUGAAGAAGAAGACACUGGAAUGGGAGAAAUUGAUCUGGAAAAUACAGCCACUGGAAUAACAGAGUAAAGGCAGAGAUAGUUGAUUGAUAUUGGAACUUAUAAUUUUUUCAUGGCCAUUGUUGAGAGUAGUUAUUGUA